GUUGUACGCCACCAAGGCGCGUGCGCAACCACUGCGCCGACACUCCACCACCAUUCGCCGAAGCGCGCGCAACAUGGCGACCCAGCUUCUCACUUUGCUCUUGGUGAGUGCCUUCUGGCUGAACACGAGCGCAGAUCCUGCACCCGCACCUGCACCCGGCCGUGUUCCCAAAGUUUAUAACGCUCUCAUCACUUCAAACCAGAACUUGGAACCAAGCAAAGCAUACCCAGUAUACCAGCCAGUCCUACACGACGCUUUCGCCUUCUCCUAUCAACCGGCCAUAUUCUACGGCGGAGAUUUGCUUGGAAACGGAAUUGUACCAGCAACUGGUUUGGCAUCAAAGGAAACUCAACCACAACCUUCCGAAUCUUCACUAGCUUCAACACCCGCAACAUCCACAGAGCCAUCACCUUCGUCGACUAUAGCUCCUACUACAACUUCGGAAUCAGCAAAGCAGCCAAAUGAGGGUAGUGCUUCUACCCCAUCUCCACCGCUGCCUAACACCCAAUCACCAAUACCACUCAACGAAUUUGGUCUUCCACCACAAGUUUUGCCCUUAGGACACAUCGACCCCUUAUAUAAUGCUCUACCACAAUUUAACCCUUUAACCUACAGAUAUCCAGGGGUCAGGUUCUAUGAUCCCUAUGAUCCAUUUGGAUUCAACUCUUACACGAGUCUUCCAAUAUAUCGUCCUCUACCAAAUGUUUUGGGACAAAGUUUUCCUAUUCUUACCAAUAAACAGGUUAACAAAAGCCCAGUUGCCGAGGAACAACAUUAUACUCAAACUCCGCCCCCUGAACCAAGUGAUCUCAACAUAUUGAACUAUGCUUCGCAGGACCCUGCUAUACCCAACGUUCCUCCACCACCACUUCCCCAAGGCGGCCUAAAAACUGAUAAAUCCGAAUAGUUAUGAAUAAAUAAGUUUGACAUAAUUA